GUCGAUGACCACUCGCGCAGAAGCAGCAGCAGCACCAGAAGGAGCAGCAGACUCAGCAGCAGCAGACGCAGCAGUAGCAGCAGCAGCAGCAGCAGCUGAAGGAGCAGCAGCAGCAGCAGCAGCAACAGCGGCAGCAGCAGCAGUGGCAGCAGCAGCAGCGGCAGCAGCAGCAACAGCAACAGCAGCAGCAGCAGCAGCAGAAGGAGCAGCAGCAGUAGCAGCAGCAGCAGCAGCAGCAGCAGCAGCAGCAGCAGCAGCAGCAGCAGCAGCAGCAGCAGUAGCAGUAGCAGCAGCAGCAGCAGCAGCAUCACACAGCCGCGUCGUGGCGGGCGCCCACGUGGCGGCCGCACCAACCCUCAGGGAGGGGGUGGAGGUGGCGGUUGUGGGGGCAGCGGAGCCGGCGGCGGUGGUGGCGGGGUCGAGGGUGGCAGCAGUGGUGGUGGUGGAGGCAGUGGUGGCUCAUCUGGUAGCCGUGUUGCACAGCCGCGUCGUGGAGGGCGCCUACGUGGCGGCCGCACCAACCCUCAGGGAGGGGGUGGAGGUGGAGGUUGUGGGGGCAACGGAGCUGGCGGCGGUGGUGGCGGGGUCGAGGGUGGCAGCAGUGGUGGUGGUGGUGGCAGUGGUGGCUCAUCUGGUGGCCGUGCAGCAGCAGCAGCAGCAGCAGCAGCAGCAGCAGCAGCAGCAGCAGCAGCAGCAGCAGGUGCAGCAGCAGCAGCAGCGGAUGGAGCAGCAGUGGCAGCAGCAGCAGCAGCAGCAGCAGCAACAGCAGCAGCAGCAGCAGCAGGAGACAAUUCUAUCCACAAAACUACAUCAAAAUUCGCUACGCAUCGUACGAGUAUCUGGUAAUGCCGCUCGGACUUACCAACGCACCGGCAACCUUCCAAGCCAAAAUGAACCACCUUUGACAACCAAUACUGGACGGGUGCGUGGUGGUGUACCUGGAGAGAGAGAGAGAGAGAGAGAGAGAGAGAGAGAGAGAGAGAGAGAGAGAGAGAGAGAGAGAGAGAGAGAGAGAGAGAGAGAGAGAGCAAGCACCGACGAGACAGCUCAACGGUUCAUCCUCUAUAUCAUCUCACAGCAUGACAUCCAUCCACACUCAUCACCGACCAAGAUCCUAAGUUCACCAGCAAGCUCUGGAUGGAACUGAUGUCUCUACUCGGAACCCAACUUGGAAU